UCGAGCACCACACCAGCCAGCAAUGCGCGUCCACGGGGUGCUCGUCCUGACGUUGCUGGUGGCAGCAACGGCGCUAGCAGGUCCGACCCUUCGAAAAUCGGAGAAGCGAUCAGCUUCGAAUCCCGAAAUCACCAAAGAUGAGCCCUCGAGGCUCGAAAAGUCGGAGAAGAAGGACGUGGCGAUCCUAGAGGACUCUAAAAUCAGGAAACGAGAAGGUCCUGCGGUGGAAGAUGCCGAAGAAUCCAAGCAAGUUGGCCGCGCGAAGAAGUCCACGACGACCUUCUGCGUGGAAAUCAAGCCAGGACCAGGACAAGGGGCCUCGAUUCCCUGCGAUCCUGCAGGGCCUCCUCCACCCCCUCCGGUGGAGGUCGAGCCGGUUCCACCGGAACCACAACCUGAACAUCACCAGGAACCUACCGACGUAUCGUACCUGAUCCCUUCUCCAAGCUUUUACAUUGAUCCUUGCUUCCCAGGAUACGGCACGCCGAGCUUGUUUGCACCUGGUCCUUUCCCUGGGCACUAUUCUGGGCUGCAUCCUGGCUCCUACCCUGGAGGUUUCCCGGGAUCGUUCCCUGGUGGUUUCCCUGGAGGUUAUCCUGGAGGAUUCCCUGGAGGCUAUCCCGGCUCCUUCCCAGGACCCUAUUUCCCGCCAUCGGGCCCACCUUUCCUCUUCAAUCCUCCCCAUCAUUCUCACCUCCACCAUCAGCUCCACCAUGCUGUUCACCAUCCUCUCCAUCACCCGUUGAUCCCAUUGACUCCUUUAGGGCCUAGUGCCUCCCUUCUGCCAGUUGGAGGUAUUCCUGGAGGUUCCCCUGGCUUCCCUGGAGGUUCCUCCGGCUUCCCUGGAGGUUCCUCCGGCUUCCCUGGAUCUGGACCAAGUGGUGCAGGUGGGCCAGGUGGUGCAGGUGGACCAGGUGGUCCAGGAGGUGCCGGCGGUCCUGGAGGUCCUGGUGGUCCAUCCGGUUCCGGGACUGGAGGUCCUGGAUCCGGAUUCCCUGGGUCGGGAUCUGGAUACCCUGGGUCUGGGCCAUCAGGUGGUCCCGUGACUAUCACGACCAUACCUUCUAUCGGUCCCAUUCCUUUCAGUCCUAUCCCGAUUGCACCUCUGCCCAUUGCCACCACCGCUUUUCUGAAUAAUCCUUGUCCCCCUACUCUCCUGUCCUGGUACAAAUCCCGCGGAGGUAACAUGGGCGAUGGACAGCCAGUUUUCGGCGAUGGUGCUGGAUCCUCACCCUCCAUGAUAAUGAGUGGUCCAUCUUUCGAUGGUAAUUCGGAAAGCGACAAGGCCAGGACGCACCAUUUGAGCACUGGUGGGCACCAUAGAGGAGAUCCUCUUCGAGGCCUCAUCACCCCAAGUGGUCCGGUUCCUCUCUAUUCACCAUCGCCGGUACUUUAUCACAAUACCGCCCUUCUUCGACCUCGCUACGGCAUGGGAAGUAUGGGAAAUAUGGGAAAUAUGGGUGGAUUCGGGGGUAUGGGAGGCAUGGAUGGUUUUGGGGGAAUGGGAGGAAUGUACAAUCCUGCCGAUCAGUUCUACCAGCCAAUGUACGGGAGAGAUUCCAUGACGAGUCCCAUGUUCGGUAGAGGACAAUCCCCAGGGGUGAAGUUCUCUUCGGGAUCGUCACCGAAGUCCUAUCAUCCAGGAAGUUCCCAGCCCGGUAUGGGACAUGGUCAACAAUUGACUCCAAUGGUCCAUGGUCGUUCCCAUGACUGCAACGAGCCGGUCUCCUCUCCGUCCUUCCCGAGGAUGAUGUCCAGGUUUUCUGGAGUACAUGCUGCUCCCAGAUCCGUCCAGGACUCGGAAGGAGCUGUUCCAUCGCCCAGCGAAAUGAUAAACCAGAUGAUUUCUCAGCAACAAGCCGUAGAACCCGAAGAGCCAGCAGCAACGACGUUCCACUUGAAUCCUGUCCGCAGCAACAGGGAGAACCAUGAGAUUCUCAGCAACCAACCGCAGGCAGCUAAUCAGCAAGAAAAGAGGGAAAUCGCGCCGGAAGUCAUUGCCCAAGCCUAAAUCAUUCACGUCCAUUUAUAGCGAAUCAUAUUAAUUUAUAUAUUAUUUAUUUUGCCUGCGCGCAACCACUUUUCUACGACUUCUGUUUCACAAUUUGUAUGACUAUUGUUUAACUUGACUUGACGGCUACGAGUGAGACGCCAACUCACGACGACUUAAUAAAACUAUUUUUAUUCAAA